AUGUUCCGUCAAUCUAUUCAAAGGUUAGCUAUUCGUAACCAAUCUACCGUUUCUAAAAGUGUCCCAAGAGCAUUAUCAAAUGCUUACGUCUCUAAAUUAGAUUCAAGAUGGGAAACCUUACCAAAGGAGGAUCAAACUACCAUGAUAGAAGAAUUAAAGACCAGAAUGGAAUUACCAUGGCAAGAAUUGACCCCUGCCGAAAAGAAGGCUGCAUACUACAUCUCCUUCGGUGAGUGGGGUCCAAGAAAGCCAUUGUACGGUCCAGGUGACAAGGCCAAGGUUUUCUGGGGUGUCGUUAUUGGUUUGGGAUCUGGAGUUAGUUUAUUCGCCUUCACUAGAAUGUUUGCUGCUCCACCACCAGAAACUUUAACCAGAGAAUGGCAAGAAAAGUCUGACGAAUACUUGAAAUCUAAGAAUGCUAACCCAUUCACUGGAUACUCUCAAAUCCAAUAA